AUGGGUCUCAAGAAGGAGCGAUUGUUCGCAUGUUUGGUUUGGCCCACUGAUUUGACCGCAUCUAGCACCAAAACUGUAGUGAUCACAUUCAAUAGCCUGAGCAUGGAUGUCCAACAAAUCAUUGACAGAUUCACGGCUGCUGCCCGCUGUGAAGACCAGAGUGUGUCGGCGUUUGUCUCGCCUGGUCCGGGUUUCAAUCAGCUUCAUUUGGUCUUUUCAGCCAAACAAAGUGGACGAUACCAGAUUCACUUGAAGUACAAUAACCACUUUAUUAAGGGCUUUCCCGCGUACGUUAUCAUACAACCUGGUCCGAUUGACCCGAUGGCCACAAUCAUUGGGGGGAUGAAAUCGCAAAUGAUCGUGCUGACUGGUCACGAGCCCAAAUCAAUCUUUGUUCGGCCUAAAGAUUCAUUCUGUAAUGCCAUUCCUCCCGAUCGAUUGGCUGACUUGGCCAAUGAUUUUGGAAUCAAGCUCACUGCCAAAUUGGGCGACGAGAGCGUCAAUUUGAAGACAAUCCAUAUCAAGAACGUCAUAUAUCAUGUUGAUAGUUCGGACGCUUUAGAAUCUAUUCUGGCAUUCAGUCCUGGACACGAGGGUUGGUACAAGGCUGCACUGACCUACAAAGACCAGAUCAUUCCUAAGUCUGAGCUCACUUUGUUGGUACUCACCGUCAAAGAAAUGGCGGACGUGAAUCGCUUUAUGGAGAGCCCGCAUAACAUUCCCACAUUCAAAGGUGAAAUUGUGGCCCAACAUGGAAUCAAUCUCUCUCGACCACGGCUGUUUUACUUGACAUUGAAUACCCGUCAACUGGUCCUCAAGGAAUAUUUUUUGGGCCUCAUUCCCCUGCGGUUAUGCGCUUUCCGCCUGAUGCCGUCCACCAAAUUGAGUCUUGUCGCUUACAAAAAGAAAAGUAUACCCGUGAUACGCAUCCAAGAUGGCUUCCAAGGCCAUCCAGAAGUCGUCCUCAAGGAAGGUAACGUCGUAGCCGCCUUGUUUCACCUCCUUCUUUUAAAGAAGAUUGGUGGCUCUGAGUCCUUUCAAGACAAAGCCAAUUUCUUCUAUGAUCAUCUUCUGCGAUAUUACAAGAAGAAAGGCUACACACAUCGGAGACUCCCUCUGAUCAUUCAACGAGACGAUAUCUUGCAGUCAAGUUUAAGGGCGACAAAGUUCUUCACCGAUAGCGAUUGGUGUCGCUUGUUUGAAAUUGAGUUCAUGGGUGAACCGGGCAUGGACCUUGGGGGUUUAAGACGGGAGUGGUUGGAAAUUGUAUGUCAGAAGCUGUUCCAUCCCCAGUUCGGCUUGUUCACCAACUUGGAGGAAAACUCUGAGGCUGUUUACCCGAAUCCCAAUGCCACCAAAGCCCAGAGUCACCUGUUCAAAUUUGCCGGGAAGAUCGUUGGGAAGUGUUUAUAUGAGUGCGCCCAAGGGAAGAGCUAUCGCCAGCAAUUGCCCAUUCGUUUGACCAGAUCGUUCCUGGCUCAGAUCGUGGAGAUGCGCGUCGAAUUUCGCCAUUUCGCGGAUGACGCCCCCGAGCUUUAUGCCAGCAAGAUCUCAUUUAUUCAAAACAAUGUCAUUGAUUCCAUGGAUCUGAACCUCAAAUUCAUCGACGAGGAGAUUGAUCCCCAAACAAAGUCCGUGAGAGUGGUGGAACUCAAACCUGGUGGAAACGAGAUUCCUGUCAAAGAAAAGAACAAAUUGGAGUAUUUAGAUCUUUUAGCUCAACAUCGACUGGCAAGGAGAAUCAAGGAUCAGACUCAGCAGUUCUUGAGUGGGCUCCAUCAACUGAUACCAGAUUCGUUGCUCACCCUCUUUGACGAGUCGGAAUUGGAGCUGUUAUUGUGUGGAUGUCGUCAUUAUGAUUUGAAUGAUCUGAAGUUGAACCAUAUCGUGAUUCGAACGGGGCCUUCAUCUGUCACAAUGCAGUGGUUUUGGGCGGCCUUAAAGAAUUUCACUCCUGAGCAAUUCGAGCGGUUGGUUCAAUUCAUAACAGGGAGCUCUCGAUUGCCCCCGGGUGGAUUUGGGGAACUCAAGCCCUUGAUCCAAAUCUCCUCGAAUGGUUCGCGCGGUGGUUUGCCGACAGCGCAAACUUGCUUUAAUGUUAUCGCCUUGUCAGAGCACGCCUCUUACAAAGAAUUCGAGCAAGCCCUCUUUGUAGCCUUAUACGAAGGCAAUGAAGGCUUUGGAUUAGUCUAG